AUGCUCCACGCCCUGAGCAGCUGGAGGAGCAACUGUGCGUGCGCUGCGGAGGGCCGCCGAAUCAUGUCGAUGAGCCCAAAGCAUACGACUCCUUUCUCAGUGUCUGACAUCUUGAGUCCUUUGGAGGAAAGCUACAAGAAAGUGGGCAUGGAGGGCAGUAACUUGGGGGCUCCCUUGUCAGCCUACAGACAGUCUCAGGUUUCUCAGCCGGCCAUGCAGCAGCACCCCAUGGGCCACAACGGAACAGUGACUGCCGCCUACCAUAUGACAGCGGCAGGGGUCCCCCAGCUCUCCCAUGCUACGAUGGGGGGCUACUGCAAUGGGAACCUGGGCAACAUGAGCGAGCUCCCGCCUUACCAGGACACCAUGCGGAACAGCGCUUCGGCGACAGGAUGGUACGGCACCAACCCGGACCCCCGCUUCUCCUCAAUCUCCCGCUUCAUGGCGCCGUCCUCGGGCAUGAACAUGGGCGGCAUGGGCAGCCUCGGCUCCCUGGGAGACGUGAGCAAGAGCAUGGCCCCGCUCCAGAGCACGCCGCGGAGGAAACGGAGGGUCCUUUUUUCCCAGGCCCAGGUUUACGAGCUGGAGAGACGUUUCAAGCAGCAGAAAUACCUCUCCGCCCCGGAGAGGGAACAUUUAGCCAGCAUGAUACACCUCACCCCGACUCAGGUCAAAAUCUGGUUCCAGAACCACCGCUACAAGAUGAAACGCCAGGCCAAAGACAAGGCUGCGCAGCAGCAGAUGCAACAGGAGAACGGCUCUUGCCAGCAGCAGCAGUCUCCCAGAAGGGUGGCGGUGCCAGUGCUUGUAAAGGAUGGCAAGCCCUGCCAAGCAGGCUCCAACACACCCACAGCAGCUAUCCAGAGCCAUCAGCAGCAGGCAGCUACAACGAUCACAGUGGCUACCAAUGGCAACAGCCUCGGACAGCAUCAGAGCCACCAGACAAACAGUGCGGGGCAGUCUCCAGACAUGGGACAGCACUCGGCCAGCCCUUCCUCUCUGCAGAGCCAAGUCUCCAGUUUGUCUCACCUAAACUCUUCUACUUCUGACUAUGGCACUGCCAUGUCUUGCUCCACCUUGCUAUACGGUAGGACCUGGUGA